CUUAGCUAUGGCAUACCCAAUGCUGUCAACUUCCUGUCCGGUGCACCAUCAUCCUCCCAUACAUAAUCCUACAAUAUGUCGGUCUGCCAGAUUUUCAUCUGAACACGAAAAUAUUGAAUACGAUUUACAAUACUUGAUGGUCUUAUAACGCCAGUGCUGUUCCCAUGGACGACGCCAAUUGCUUAUCCGUUACCGUUUCUAAUACCCGGUACCUCAUUAAAAAGCUAACCGUCUGAUUGACAGUUUUGACAGUCAGCCAGUACUUAACUAUCUAUGCUGUGAGAUUGAUUGGUGAUACACACACUUAAGUAAACUUGGAAAAAGCGAAAACAAUUGUUAUCCGAAAAAUAGGUCACUUCUAUCAAGAAAAUAAAAAUUAGAUUAACAUAAAAUGUAGGUAGACGUUAACCUAAACAGUACAAUAAAUGUUGUCUAAAUAAGUCGUAUAAUAAUGGUGUUUUGAAAAACCUAAACAAAAUGAAACAUCGUUGAAAUGGCGUUUAUAUUUAGGAAAUAUUAUUAUAAGUACACGAAGUGCUUAGUAAUAACGGUAUUAUUAGCAUUUUUUAUACACAUUUUUAUCGCCGUCAGUUUGUUUCCCUCUGUAAAUGAUAAUAUAUCCAUGAAUAGUGGUUAUGUAUCCAGUGCUCGACAGCUAGUGGGUGAAGUUUCCGCAAGAAAAAAUAGUAUUGGGUUUGGUGAUGAUGAAGACCUAUCUUCUACCAACAAAAAUCAUAAAAAGCACUCAACAUAUCUUAGGCUUGAAGAACUGGAUUUUAAACCUCCUUGUGAAAUAAAAAGUAAGGAAGCCAUAUCUGCCAUUCAUCGUGCUAAGACACAAAAUUGCAAGCAACAAAUUGUCAAUAAGACAUGUCUUAUUCAAAGUGGAAGUUUCUAUCCUCAUGAAUUACCUAAUUCUUGUCGGCGUGGCCAAAUGAUAUAUGGUAAACACCUAGGAUGUUAUGCAGAUCAGAAAAAAUUAAGGUUACUUACGGGUUUCUAUGGCAAUUAUGCUAACACUAAUUCACCAAGUACAUGUUUGGAUAUAUGCAUACAAGCUGGAUUUAUGUAUGCUGGAGUUCAAUAUGCUCUUGGUUACAACUCCCUGGAGGUAAGGAGGGCAAGAAACCAACUUGCAGUAGCCUGUAAAACUUUCCGUGGCACUAUUGAUGCUCCAGAUCUACUGGAGUCAUUAUCGUGCUUUUACGUCCCAGAUAACUAUUGCCGGGGUAAAAAGCACAGACUAUUUGCCGUGCCCUCAUGUCGUACCGUCGCACGCGCUAAUUCACCUGUUCCUCGCACUCUGGCCGCGCUAAAUGAUCUCCUGGAUUCCAAUCCAACUAGUGAUCUGUUUGCGGACGGAUGGAAGGAGAUUUUAUCAGAAUGCUUGAAGACCACUGGUGCCCUUAGGCACCAGAGAAGUUACAAGAGUGUUGCCGGCGCUUUGGGUAUUAGGGACAUGGAGGAGGAAGUGUUUUUGACCUCCAAUCAUGUGGCAAAGCACAAUGCAAGCCCAUUCAUACUGGAGCAUGGCUCUUCCACGUUUAAAACCAUUGUGAUUAUUCCUAGUGCCCACCACAAGCCCGUCGUGUGCGGCCAGUGUCCGUCGCCAUUAAUAUGUUUUUGCUUGUUUCAGAGGCAAGAUUAUUUACACAGGAAACUAUCGCCUUUAGAGCAGUUACCCAAUGUAAAAUUAGCGACGACCAGAUUUUCCACAAUUUGGGGUGGUGCAUCAUUGCUCAAAAUGUUACUUGCAGCUAUGAAAGAUUUUAUGUCGUUGGGAUGGAAGUGGGAUUUUGUUAUUAAUUUAAGUGAAAGCGAUUUUCCCAUAAAAUCUUUGGAAGAAUUAGAAAACUUCUUAUCAGCAAAUAAAGGACUGAAUUUUGUGAAAUCACAUGGUCGAGAAGUUCAGAGGUUUAUUAAAAAACAAGGCCUCGACAAAACUUUUAUUGAAUGUGACACGCAUAUGUGGCGUGUUGGUGAAAGAAAGUUGCCCAGAGGUAUCAUAAUAGAUGGUGGAAGUGACUGGAUUGCUCUCUCUCCAGAAUUUGUUUCAUAUGUUGUUGGAAAUCAAGAUCAACUGUUAACUGGAUUGGAUGUAAUAUUUCAACACACGCUAUUACCGGCAGAGUCGUUUUUUCAUACAGUAUUACGAAAUUCAUAUUUCUGCGAUUCUUAUGUUGACAAUAAUUUGCAUGUAACUAACUGGAAAAGGAAAUUAGGGUGCAAAUGCCAAUAUAAACAUGUGGUCGAUUGGUGUGGGUGUUCGCCUAAUGAUUUCAGAACAGAAGACUGGCCUCGUAUACAAAACACUCAGGACAGACAAUUAUUUUUUGCUCGAAAGUUCGAACCUAUAAUAAAUCAAGAAAUAAUAAAUAGAGUUGAGGAAUACAUAGGUAUAAAAGAUCACUAUUUGAUUCCAAACUUGGAGGCAUAUUGGCAGAGUAUUUAUAAUGUAGAAGACAUGACAGCUAAUACAGAUGACAUUCUGUUGACCCAUGCUGGUAGCAUUAUAAGACAUAAUGCUAGAAUACUUCUAGAAGAAGGUUGUAAGAUCGAACCUGACUUAAUCAUUGAGAUAAAUUCUUAUAGUUAUGCAGAUGUUUAUAAAGGAAAUUUAAUAUUACAUAAAGCUAUUGUACAUGAUAACAUAGAAAUAUUAAUAGAGACUUGGUAUAAACCUAAAAAACAUAUAGAAUUAAAUUUUGAGAAUCCUUAUAUGGAUAAUAUAAAGAUAUUUAAAGUAAGUUCUGAUUAUGACCAGAAGGAAACCACAUUCAGAAACCUAGCUGGUAUUUUGGGUCCUUUAUCUGAACCAGUUUUAUUGUAUGAAUUUUCUGCUCAACUAGAUAAGAAAAGUGAAAAUUUAACUUUAAUUUGGUUAGAUCCCACUGGGGCGAUUGGAGACGUUAACAUGAUACAUGUAGACGAGAACAACUUAACAAAUUUUAUAAAACCGAACUUAAAAGCGCCCCUUUUACCGGGAAUUUGGAAAGUAGGUUUAUUUGAACAAAAUAGAAUAAUUGUAGCAACUAAGUUCCUUAUAUCACCCUUAGAAUAUUUUUCUGGCAAAGACUUGUCACAUCAAGAAUCUAGUAUAAUUCAUAGCGGAUCUCAAAAUUCCUACAAAAACUUCUCUAAUAUUAAACCAAAGAAUUUUCUUCCUGACUAUGAACAGAGCAUAUUAUUACAGAAAAUUUCACAGUCAAAUAUUCAAAGAAUAGACCAAGAUUUAAGAGAAUGGAUAGAUGGACUGAGUUUAGAGUUUUACAAUGUAUUAGGUUCGUGUAUUACAUUCAAUAAUGAAAUCAAAGAUAAAUUACUAUGUGGUCGUCAUAAAUUUGUGAACUGCAUCACAACGCAGUGGAGUUCAUUAACACCUGACCCUAAGGGUACGAUAGGCAAAUUAAAUAAGAAAACUGGACAAAUGGAAAGAGUAUGA